CGAAGAUCUAACUUGUAUACAACAAUUUAGUUCAUGACAAACAUGUCUAAUGAACCUCAGAAUAGAAAACUGUAUACAAAUGACUGCCACCCGACUUUUAAAGAUACAUGAACAGUAAAUCCCUGCCCACGAUUCCCGCAAAACCGAUAUAGUACGAGAGAUUGGAAAGAUUCAUAUUGGAAUAUUCUCCCAAAAUUCCUGCAAACCCCACCGGGCCACGAGAUAAACACGGUCUCCUCGUUCAUGCACAAAGUCAAAACGUUCGAGUUACCCCGAGUCCCCGAGCCUAUCAUUGCCAAGAAACACAAUCUUUGAGCUCGGCUUCUUGCGGCAUCUCAUCUCCACUGUGCAAGCAGAUAGCCGAUACGUUAGCUCGCAUGGCCUAUUUCCGCGUUCAUCCAUCUGAAAAGCAAGCCGCGACGACACCAGCAGAAGCAGUCGCGGCAUCAGCAACAUGACAUGACCUUCGUAUCCACGGAUUGCGAAGAAUUCAUCCGGUUCCUGUGCACGCCUCCUCCUCGGCCUCGGCCUCGCUGCAGCAGCUACAGAAUGCUAACAGACUCGAUCAUUCAUCCACUCGAACUCAUUCAUUCCAUACACCACUGUUCGAGAGAAUUAUUAAAUUCCGUAUUAAAGAAAGAAUGUCAUGCCUGUGACCGGAUGACGGGUGAGAGACCGAGUAAACGUCCCAGCCACCGAAUGGGCGACCCGGUCGCCCGGGACCCUCGCCUUCGUUCCACCGAGCAGCGUGUGACUAGGAACAGAUGGAUGCCGGGGACCCGGUCACUGCGAGUUCGGUUCUCCUCUCCGCACGUGAUUCAGAGGUCCCAGGAAAUUCUGAAUCUACGAUCGGGAGGUCCAUCUGAAGGUCCGGCUAGUUCUUGUAGCCAGGCGCCAGCCGGUGAAAGAAGUGUGGCAGGUGACCGCUUAGACGCGGGCGAGAGUGAGAGUGAGAAUGCGAGAGCGGGGGAAACAGUUUCAAACCCUUGUUGUCCAGCGGACCGCCUCUAGCCGGGUUUCACGUCGUAUCCAGCGAGUCAGCCAACCAGCCAGCCAGCGAGACUGCUACUGCACAGUAGCUACAGCUGCAGCGAUAUCUACUGUAGUCCGUGUCGAGCCUGCCUUGUGAUAAACUCUUCCUCCAACUUUGGCCCGGUUGCUUGCAUUACAGAAGAUCCCUGUAACCGACUGCUCGGGUCCCGGUGGCCUGGGGAAAGAAAGAAGAAAAAAAGGGAUAAAGAGAAGAAUGGAUGGAUUAUCAGGGGGAUCGGAAAGAGACAAAAUCUGGGCGCUUUUGGCCCGUUUCGGGUGAGUCAGCUUGAUAUAACCGUCGGGUCGGGACAUCAUCAACUUGUUUCAUGUGACCCGUGAAAGUACAUCCGGUACUGUACUCUUGGAGGCCGGGGUUAGUGGAACUGGGAAGGCAUAGAUCCGCCAUCGACUCUCGACUGGGGCCGAGUCCAUCCAAAACUGGGCUUUGUCGUUAUUCUGUGGAACGCUGACGAACGUCGUCCCGAGAAGACUAUUCUCCAUCCGUCGUUUCAAAGUCGACCUGCGCAUUCGUUCUCCAACUUUUCAAAUCGCUACCCGCCGCUCCUUCGCUUCCGUCGCGUUCCGGUUCCUUCCGGGACGACACGCAGUCAAAGUUGGUAUGAGGAAUGGUCGAAUGAUCGCGGGAGUUUUGUGUACCGAGUAGGCAGAUCGAAGUUUGUCGUCGCCCUCGCCCUCGCCCUCUCGGUUACCUCGUAAUCGACCCCAGCACCACAGUCUCCGCCCCAUGCACGACGUACGACUCGCCAGUUCCGUGCCUGGAGCCUACGGGACUGAAAGCGUCGCUUCCACCGCCUGCUGCUUAUCGCCAUCCAGCUGCUCCGUCGACUGCGUAGUCACGGAGUCUCUACACGCUAGAAGGCAAGCGGCGAAAUUCGCACCCGAGGAACCGUGGACAAUAGUGUACACGUGGCGAGCAGACAGUACGGACCCGCGGACCUGUGAACAUCACGGGCUCCGAUCACCGUGGGAGCCGAGGCCCGCCAGCC